CUCUCUCUGCGAGCUGUUAGUCAUUUCUCUCAGUGUAAGGAUUUAUUUUUGUACUGUUGGAGCUGGGGGAGGGAAUACAGACCGAAUGAAUGAGUUUCUUUUAGACCUUCGUUCCUUCCAUCCCUCCCUUGUUUCCUCCCUCAAAUUGCCACUUCUCUCUUGCUCCCUCUCUCUCUCUUUCUCAGCGAGAAUUCCUCCAUACCUGUCUGAGCAGGGAGCGUAAGACCGCUGUAGGGCAGAGGAGAAAAAGAAAUAAAGAAAACAAAGGAGAAAAGAGAAGAAAGGGAGUCAAGAGGAGAGCAGGAGGAACACAUUUAAAGCUCAUAAACAGGAGGGAAGUGUGUUUGAGACAGAGCUAUCAAGGUCUAGAGCAUUCAAAUUUGCCUUUCCGCCUCCCUGCUGGGCUGUUUUUUAACUUUCUGAGACCAGCGGCUAUUUUGGUCCGUCAGUGUCGGAGCGGUUUAGGAUGGAUGCCAUCAUGCUGCAAGAAAAACUGGUGGAACGGCUGCUGUGCCCACGAGUGAGAACUGCCAGACAGAAGGAGAAACAGUAUGUGGGCUUUGCAACUCUGCCUAACCAGGUCCACAGGAAGUCUGUGAAGAAAGGCUUCGACUUCACGCUGAUGGUGGCAGGAGAGUCCGGUAUGGGAAAAUCCACUCUUGUUAACAGCCUGUUCCUCACAGACCUCUACAAAGACAGGAAGCUACUGAACGCUGAGGAACGCAUUAAUCAAACUGUGGAGAUCAUCAAACACACCGUGGACAUCGAGGAAAAAGGAGUGAAGCUUAAGCUGACAAUUGUGGACACACCAGGGUUUGGAGAUGCCGUGAACAACAAUGAAUGCUGGAAGCCGAUCACAGACUACAUAGAUCAGCAGUUCGAGCAAUAUUUCAGGGAUGAGAGCGGGUUGAACAGAAAGAACAUCCAGGAUAACAGAGUCCACUGCUGCCUCUACUUCAUCCCUCCAUUUGGGCAUGGGCUUCGUCCGGUGGACGUUGAGUUUAUGAAGGCUCUACAUGAAAAAGUGAACAUUAUUCCACUCAUCGCAAAAGCCGACUGCCUCACGCCCAACGAGAUAAAAAAGCUUAAAGACAGAAUAAGAGAGGAAAUAGACAAGUUUGGGAUCAAAGUGUACCAGUUCCCUGAAUGCGACUCUGACGAGGAUGAGGAGUUUAAACAGCUGGACAAAGAGCUGAAGGAGUGCACCCCGUUCGCUGUGAUUGGCAGUAACACAGUGGUGGAGGCUCGUGGACAAAGAGUGAGGGGAAGGCUGUACCCCUGGGGGAUCGUCGAAGUGGAAAACCAAUCGCACUGUGACUUUGUGAAACUGAGGAACAUGCUGAUUCGUUCCCACAUGCACGACCUCAAAGACGUAACCUGCGACGUCCACUAUGAAAACUACAGAGCGCAGUGCAUACAGGAGAUGACCAGUAAGCUGGCUCAGGACAACCGUAUGGAGAGCCCGAUCCCCAUCCUGCCGCUGUCCACUCCAGAUGUGGACACCGAGAAACUGAUCAAAAUGAAAGAUGAGGAGCUGAAGAGGAUGCAGGAGAUGCUGAACAAGAUGCAGCAGCAGAUGCACGACAAAGAGCAGUGAUGUGCCGCAGCGCCACCUGCUGCUUAUCUCCCUAACGACAGUGAGACCUCCAGACUUUGAAAAUGGUUAUCAAGCGUCAGUGGCAACUCUGGCUGUACAUUAAUCUUCAGUUUGGUGCUUUUGUAUAGUUUGUUUGCCUGGAGGGUGGUUUUUUUUUUCCUCUGAAACUAUCCAAUCUCCCACUUUGAGCCCCUCGCUGUGGUCCUAACAUAUAAGAUAUAAACACAUAAUUUAAUAAUCAGUGUAUCUAAUUUAUAAAUGCAGUGCUAAACUUUUUGGAUUUAAUGUCAGGGUGUUUGCUGCGACAUAUUUUGUAAUGAAACGUAGGUUCUUGGUGAUGUUUCGAUUUUUGAACAUGGAUAUUGUUUUUUAUUAUGCGAUGGUGUGUUUCGGUGUGUGAAUGAUCAUUACAUUUUCUUUAAUAUUACCUUUAAUAUUACCAGGUAUGCAUCCAUAAAACUCCUUUAAAAGGUACCACAGUGAAUUUACGUCUACUAAAAUCUGAUUUUUGCUCUUCUUCAUUUGCUCAAAAAUACAUUUGUUUGGCAUUUAUUUGCAUACGGCCGGUGAAAAUCUUCUGCUCCUCUUCCAGCAUUUUGUUAAUGUGCCGAAUGAGCUGAAAAUGCUCUUCUUGCCGGUGGCUACAAUGAAUGGCGAGCCUCUGAGAUAACAAGAGUCUGUGCAGUGCAGGGUGCAUGUGCAAGCAUGUUGUCAUUACUCAUAUCCGCUAAAUGCUACUGUGGGCCUAUUUUUAUCGCUUUUUAGCCGAUGCCCUGUUGUUGAAUUUGAUGGAUCGUGGCCUACAGGAUGCUUUGUUACCACUACAGGAUCAGUAACGAGGAGCCACUACUUUGUGCUUCUGUUUAAAUAUCUCUUCUUGGAAGUGAAUUAUGCCACCAAAGUUGUGUGUCCACAGUAUGACAGAGCGUGUGUGUAGGUGUGUGUGUGUGUGUAGUCUCUGAUACUGAUGAGCUGUACAUAUUUUUUGCCUGAAGGCUGUGAGCUCAGUCUGUGUCCCAUUUACAAAGGUGUGACAAAUAAACCCCAGUUUGUCGUCA